GGUUCCCGCUGAACAAUCUAAAGCUGCUAUAGGCUUUUCCCGCUGUAGCUCAAAAUUCUGCCCCGCCCACCAGGAAAUCAUAAGUUAGUGUGUGCAAUGCGGAUUGAAAAUGUCCUUCCAAACCAGGAGAAAGCAACAAUAAUGAAGAGCUCGGCAACGCUGUGGCUUUGUGGAUGAGUCCUGCUGAUCUGCAGACCGGAGGACAGAACUGAACUCCUGCUCCAGCUGUUCCAGGAUCUGUCUGGAGCCACUCGGAUGUGAAAGCAUCUGCAGGAGGAAGGGGCGGAGCUGAGAUGUCAAUCAGAAGCGCUGAGGGCGUGUCUAUCAUGCAGGCCUUAGCCAUGACCGUGGCUGAGAUACCUGUGUUCCUGUAUUCCACCUUUGGACAGUCUAUAUUCUCUCAGCUGAAGUUGAGCCCUAGUCUGAAGAAGGUGCUGUUCGCCACGGCUCUGGGCAGCGUUGCUCUGGCACUGACCGCGCAUCAGUUAAAGAGACGGGGCAGGAAGAGGAAGCAGACAGUCAAUAAAGAAGCACAGAAACCCGUGGGCAUCCCAGAACAGCUGCUCCGAACCAGCCGGCCAGCCUCGCUCAAGAGAGGUCCGGUUCCAGGGCGUCAGAUGAUGAGUCCCAGCACCCGCAGUAAUGACACUCUCAGCGGCGUCUCGUCUCUCGCACAGAGCAAACACUCGAGCUCUUCACACAGCAUCGCCUCUAUGCGAGUUCCCUCCUCUCCCAACCAAUCAGUGAACACUGGGAUGCCGUGGGAGGCGGAGCCAGUGGCAGAGGAGCUGGGAGUCGGAGAGGAUGCCAAUGCUGAGAACCUCUAUCUCAUGGGGAUGGAGCUGUUUGAGGAAGCCCUGCGCAAGUGGGAACUGGCUUUAAACAUCAGACACAGAGCUCAUUCCUGUGCAUCUGGGUCAGACAGUCCCGCCCCGCAAGGAUCAGAACUCGUGGAGCACCAUUCGCCUGAGCUUCACAAUCAUAAGUUUGCGGAGAAGCUUGAGUCUCUGCUGCACCGAGCCUAUCACCUGCAGGAAGACUUCGGCAGCACCAUACCGCCUGACAGCCUCCUCGCUGACCUGGAGAGUGAAGCAACCCUGAUUCUGCCCACACUAGGGAGUUCCCAUCCCAUCCAAGACGAUGAUGCCAUGACAGUCACUUCAGACGACUCGUUUUUCUCUGCUGCUGAGCUGUUUGAGACGUUCUCUCUAGAGGACACGUAUCAUCCGCUGAAGCCGGCAGCUCUGUAUGAAGAAGCCCUGAGUUUGGUGAAGGAUGGAAGCGUGGCCUGCAGAUCACUGAGAACCGAACUUCUGGAGUGCUACAGCGAUCAGGACUUCCUCGCCAAACUGCAUUGCGUUCGCCAGGCCUUCCAGGUGCUGCUGCUGGAUGAAACACACAGGAUGUUCUUCAUGGAUACAGGGAAGCAGAUGAUAUUGGGACUCCUGGCCAAAGCCAACAAGAGUCCGAAGGCGUUUCUGGAGAGUUAUGAAGACAUGCUGCAGUACACAAAGAGAGAAGAGACGUGGCCCGUCACCAAGAUGGAGCUGGAAGGCCGAGGGGUGGUCUGUAUGAACUUCUUUGACAUUGUGCUGGACUUUAUCCUCAUGGAUGCGUUUGAAGAUCUGGAAAGUCCUCCGACUUCAGUGGUCGCGGUUCUGAGGAACCGAUGGCUCUCGGACAGUUUCAAAGAGACGGCAUUGGCUACAGCCUGUUGGUCUGUGCUAAAAGCCAAAAGGAGAUUGUUAAUGGUUCCCGACGGUUUUAUUGCACAUUUCUAUGCCAUCUCUGAACACGUGAGUCCAAUUUUGGCUUUCGGGUUUCUGGGCCCCCGACAGCACCUCAGUGAGGUGUGCACCGUAUUCAAGCAACAGAUUGUUCAGUAUCUGAAGGACAUGUUUGAUCACGAUAAGGUGCGUUUCACGUCCGUCCCGUCUCUGGCUGAAGACAUCCUCAGUCUGUCCCACAGACGGGCGGAAAUCCUGGUGGGCUACCUGGGCAUUGACAGUCUACCUGAGACCAAUGGAGCUUUACCCAAGAGCUCCUGCCAAGCCAACAGCGGGCAUCCGGACGCCAGCGGACAGCAGGACUGAGGUGCUCGAUACUAAUCUAGACCUGUUCGUUUUGAAAGACACCAGAUACAUGCUCUCAUUAGCUAUUCGUCAUCGUCGACCAAUCAACGUGACUAUAAAGAGCAUUCGUUUAAAAGACAUUGAAAAGAUUGAUUAUUUAGACAGAUAAACCACUACUGACUCAUCUGAGGUCAACCGAGGCCUUUUCUUGAUCUGCUUCUGCAAAUUUAAGACACCUUCAUUUUAAAAACCCCGAUGCUUUGGAAACGCUUUCUUUCUGAAGAACCCAUCAUGACCUAGAGGAACUGAAUAAAAGCGUCUUUUAGCCAAACGUACAGCCUGGUUUUGAGUUGCAGCUGAAAUGCUAGGUUUUGUUUGUUUUAUGGGUCGGCUGCAGAUUUUUGUGUGUGAAUGUGUGUUGUUGAGCAUUUAUGUAUGUGCCAAUGGCCAAGUAAAGUCUUGCACUGACUCUUGGGUAGCGCUAAACACAAUGAAGAGAAAAAGCAAGAUGGAUUUGUGAGCUUUAGUGUAAGUCUCUCAGCACAUUUUGGCAGUUUGAGAGCACUUCGAUGAGAGACUCACACAGGAAGUGCGUCAUUCAAGAGUGAAACAGGAUGUAGUGGUCCGGAUCACAUUAGCUGAGCUCACUUGUGUCCUUCGAGAGCUGCUGCAGCCCUUGUGGUUUGCUUUGUUAGUUGCAUUUGUUCCCACCCUCACAAUGUAUCAGUCACCGUGUUCAUCAGAGCGAUGUUUAAUAGUCUGUUGGUGUGUUUUAUUUUCUGUCAUCAUACUUUGUUCAUGAUGUAUACACCUUGUUUUUCAAUCCUCCUUCAAUAUUCAGGACUAAAAUUGCUGAUUAUCUACUAUUCUAUAAUAUUAAUAUAUAUAUAUAUAUAUAUAUAUAUAUAUAUAUAU